AUGGAGAAAGUAAAGAAGGAAAUGCUGAGCAUUUUAAAGGAGCUCAAGGAGGAGGACUACAAAGAGUUCAAAUGGUACCUGGAGAACCAUCCAAGCCCAGAAGACCCCCGAUCAAUCCCACCCUGUGACCUGCAGAACGCAGACAGGAUGGACACAGUGGACCUGAUCGUACGAUGCUACGACACAGACUCGGUUCAAGUGACCAUGAAAGUUUUGGAAGAGAUGAAAAUAAACGAUCUGGCCGAAAAAUUAUCCAAAAUGAACUUUAACCCAACGGAGAUUUUCAGCAACUGUCAACGUGAACUCAAAUCCACCCUGAAGGAGAGGUUCCAGUCUCUGUUUGAGGGCAUCGCAGAAGACGGAAACUCAACCCUUUUGAAUGAGAUCUACACAGAGAUCUACAUCACAAAGGGAGGGACUGCAGAGGUCAAUAAAGAACAUGAGGUCAGACAGAUUGAAGCAGCAUCCUGGAAGCCAGACGGACCAGAAACAACCAUCAGACAAGAAGACCUCUUCAAAGCCUCAGAUGGCAGCAAGAAACAAAUCAGAACAGUGAUGACUAAGGGAGUGGCUGGCAUUGGGAAAACAGUCUUAACACAGAAGUUCACUCUGGACUGGGCAGAAGAUAAAGACCACCAGGACAUACAGUUCACAUUUCCAUUCACCUUCAAAGAGCUGAAUGUGCAGAGAGAGGAGAAAUACAGCUUGGUGGGACUUGUUCAUGAUUUCUUCAGUGAAACCAAAGCAGCAGGAAUCUGCAGGUUUGAGAAGUUCCAGGUUGUGUUCAUCUUUGACGGUCUGGAUGAGUGUCGACUUCCUCUGGACUUUGACAACAAUAAGAUCCUGACUGAUGUCACAGAGACCACCUCAGUGGAUGUGCUCCUCACAAACCUCAUCAGGGGGAAGCUGCUUCCCUCUGCUCGCCUCUGGAUAACCACACGACCUGCAGCAGCCAAUCAGAUCCCUCCUGAGUGUGUUGGCAUGGUGACAGAGGUCAGAGGGUUCACUGACGCCCAGAAGGAGGAGUACUUCAGGAAGAGGUUCAGAGAUGAGGAGCAGGCCAGCAGGAUCAUCUCUCACAUCAAGACCUCACGAAGCCUCCACAUCAUGUGCCACAUCCCUGUCUUCUGCUGGAUCACUGCUGGAGUUCUGGAGGAGGAGUUGAAGACCACAGAGGGAGGAGAACUGCCCAAGACCCUGACUGAGAUGUACAUCCACUUUCUGGUUGUUCAGUCCAUGGUAAAGAAGGACAAGUAUCAUGGAGUAGCUGAGACGGAUCCGCACUGGAUUCCAGAGAGCAGGAAGAUGAUCGAGUCUCUGGGAAAACUGGCCUUUGAUCAGCUGCAGAAGGGCAACCUGAUAUUUUAUGAAUCUGACCUGACAGAGUGUGGCAUCGAUAUCAGAGCAGCCUCAGUGUACUCAGGAGUGUUCACUCAGAUCUUUAGACAGGAGAGUGGACUGUACAAGAAGGUGUUGCAGGUGUUCUGCUUCGUCCAUCUGAGUGUUCAGGAGUUUCUGGCUGCUCUUCAUGUCCAUCUGACCUACAUCAACUCUGGUGUCAAUUUGUUUUCAGGAGAACAAAAAUACUCACUAUGGUCUAAAGUCUUUGGAGCAAAACCUAAACCCAAACAUCUCUACCAGAGUGCUGUGGACCAGGCCUUACAGAGUCCUAAUGGACACCUUGACUUGUUCCUCCGCUUCCUCCUGGGUCUUUCACUCGAGACAAAUCAGACACUCUUAGAAGGUCUGCUCACACAGAGAGGAAGUCGCUCACAGACCAAUCAGAGAACAGUCCAGUACAUCAAGGAGAAGAUCAUUGAGAACGUGUCUCCAGAGAAAAGCCUCAAUCUGUUCCAUUGUCUGAAUGAACUGAAUGAUGGUUCUCUAGUGGAGGACAUCCAACAGUCCGUUAAUUCAGGAUGUCUCUCCAUAGAUAAACUCUCUCCUGCUCAGUGGUCAGCUCUGGUCUUUAUUUUACUGUCAUCAGUAAAAGAUCUACAGGUGUUUGACCUGAAGAAAUACUCUGCUUCAGAGGAGGCUCUUCUGAGGCUGCUGCCAGUGGUGAAAGUCUCUAACAAAGCUCUACUAAGUGACUGUAAUCUCUCAAAGAGAAGCUGUGAAGCUCUGUCCUCAGUCCUCAGCUCCAAGUCCUCUAGUCUGAGAGAGCUGGAUCUGAGUUACAACGGCCUGCAGGAUUCAGGAGUGAAGCUGCUGUCUGCUGGACUGGAGAGUCCACACUGUGAACUGGAGACUCUCAGGCUGUCAGGCUGUCUGAUCACACAGGAAGGAUGUGCAUCUCUGGCCUCAGCUCUGAGCUCCAACCCGUCCCAUCUGAGAGAGCUGGACCUGAGCUACAAUCAUCCAGGAGACUCAGGAGUGAAGCUGCUGUCUGAUGGACUGGAGGCUUCUCACUGGACACUGGAGACUCUCAGGGUGGAGCCUGCUGGAGUCCGAUGGUUCAGACCAGGUCUGAGGAAGUAUUCCUGUGAACUCACAAUCGACACAAACACAGUACACAGAGACCUCAAAAUGUCUGACAACAACAGGAAGGUGACACUUGUGUGGAAGGAGGUUCAGUCAUAUCCUGAUCAUCCAGACAGAUUUGACUACUGGACUCAGCUGCUGUGUAGAACUGGUCUGACUGGUCGCUGUUACUGGGAGGUUGAGUGGAGCGGAGGAGUUAAAGUAUCAGUGAGCUACAGAGGAAUCAAGAGGAAAGGACGCAGUGAUGACUGUGUGUUUGGAUGGAAUGAUCAGUCCUGGAGUCUGAGAUGCUCUAACUAUGGUUACUCUGUCCUUCACAAUAAGACAGUAACACACAUCACCUCCACCUCCUCCUCCUCCUCCUCUUCUCGUAGAGUAGCAGUGUAUGUGGACUGUCCUGCUGGCUCUCUGUCCUUCUACAGAGUCUCCUCUGACACACUGAUCCACCUCCACACCUUCAACACCACAUUCACUCAACCAUUUUAUCCAGGGUUUGGGAUUGGGUUCUGGUCCAGUUCUGCUUCCUCAGUGUCUCUGUGUUCUCUGUAGGAGGGAGAGUCUCCUCUGUUGUGGAAUAUUUCAAAAACA